UUUGGUUUUAUGACGGUCUCUUUUAAAUCUCUUUGACCAAAGCAUAUCGUUCAUCGUUGGGCGGAGGAGCAAGUUGGAAUUAGAAAGAGAUUUCCGGUUGGUGCCCUGAAUCCUGAUUUGUGCAGUGCUCAUCUAAUCCACUUCCAUGGACUUCCGACAACACUACCAACCACACAAACCCCAAUCUUUCAUAAAUUUCCACACGAUCGAUUCUGAUGCUCAGAUGUCGCAACCCAACUCCUACUUUAACCCCACCGAUUUGCUCCACAGUCCUCCCUUAAUUGUUGCUGGGCUUGCUCCGGCUGAUGGCGGUGCCGAUUUGCAAUGGAGUUACGGUUUGGAGAAGGAGGGAAAAAGGUUAAAGGAACAUGAUUUUUUGGAGAACAAUUCUCAGGUAUCCUGUGUUGAUUUCAUGCAGCUUCGACCGGUUUCCACUGGGUUGGGUUUGUCACUCGACAAUACCCGUUUUCCUUCCACCGGAGAUUCUGCUUUGUCUUCGCUCGUUGUUGACGAUAUUGAUUAGAUUUAUCCGAGUGCAGGGUGAACAAAUGCGGCAAUCCAUUCUACGGAAAGUUCAGGAAACGCAACUUCAGAGUCUAUCUAUCAUUGAAAACGAAGUCCUUCGUAAACUCCAUGAGAAAGAAUCUGAGGUAGAAACCAUCAAUAAGAAGAACGUAGAACUUGAAGAGAGAAUGGAGCAGUUAAGUGCUGAAGCCGAUGUCUGGCAACAACGAGCCAGAUAUAAUGAGAAUAUGAUUUCUGCUUUGAAACUUAAGCUUCAGCAAGUUUAUGUCCAUAGCAGAGACAGUAAGGAAGGAUGUGGUGACAGUGAGGUAGAUGAUACAGCUUCAUGCUUCAACGGCCAUUCCAUUGAUUUUCAACUUCUCUCACAAGAGAAGAACAAUAUGAAAGAAAUGAUGACUUGCAGGGCUUGCAGAGUCAAUGAAGUCACCAUGCUUUUAUUACCUUGUAGGCAUCUCUGCCUCUGUAAAAAUUGCGAGAGUAAGCUCAGUUUUUGUCCUGUGUGUCAAUCCUCUAAAUUCAUUGGCAUGGAGGUGUUUAUGUAAAAAGAUGGUCUUACAUGUGAAAUCUCUAAUUUUAUAUGAAAAUCACAUGUUUGCUUGUGUUACUGAUAUCAAAUAUUGUGAGGAAUGUUCAGCUGUGUAAGAACCUGGUGCUAACCAAAUAUUUGUUCCCUGGAAAUUGUUGCUUAGGUUACUGUA